UAGAAACCAAAGAAACCAUAGAGGUGAUCAUCUGACUGUCAUUUCAGAUUUGUUGUAGAAUUCUAGUCAAACUUAUGAGCUGCUAGUAAUGGACGUGAAAGUAGAAGUCGAAUACUGUGGCUCUUGUGGCUAUAGUUCUCGUUUUGAGGAACUAGCAAGCCAAAUACGUGCUAGUGUACCUACAUCCGAUGUACUGGGCAAAGAGGGUCGUAGAGGAUCAUUUGAGGUGACAGUUAAUGGGACUUUGGUGUACUCCAAGCUGUCUACAAUGGCAUUUCCAGAUUUCAAAAAUGUUGCUGAUAUUGUCAGUGAUGCAGCUAAUGGGAAGGAGGUGAUACCUGUAUCCAAGCAACAGCCAAUUGACUGCAUUAUUUUGUAGCAGAGCGCUUGUAAUGGUCUGUCAACUGUCGUUAAUUUUCCCUGUGACUUUGUACACUAAUUAAGCAGAUCUGAUCUGUAAUUAAGGAUUAUAUUUGGAAAGUUAAUGCCUGUAGUCUUUAUUAUAUAUUAAGUUGUCAUGUCAGUGGACUGUUGGACCACGUAGAUGUCAGCAAGUUAUAGAACAGUAUGUUGUUAUUUUAUCACUUACAUUUAUUAUGUUUUUUUUUUGUUAUAAUGUAAAUAUAUAGACAUAGAACAUAAUAUUGCUGGAGAAGUUUAGUUCUGUUAAAAAAAAUACAAAAAGUGAUAUAGAACAA